UUACUUAGAAAGCACAACCCACGAGAAUGCAGCAUUGAAAUCCGAAUAGCAGUAGGAUUUUUUCUUUUUCUUUCCCUUUUCGAGUCAAUAAACGAAGCCCAAAUCAUUCAAGGAACAAAGGGGUUCCUGAUUGGGCAACAGAAAACCCCUAAAUUCGAUUCAAUCUUGUAGAUUAUAUAGUUCCCAGAUCAAUCUUCCAACCAUGGUUUCUGUUGCGAAGUUCAAAUCUUUUGAUUUUUUCAGAAAAACUCCAAGAGAUUUGACAGAAGCAUCAUUAUCAGGUGCUGGAAUUUCUGUUGUAGCAGCUAUUUCCAUGAUUUUUUUGUUUGGAAUGGAGAUACAUAAUUUUUUGACAAUUAGUACCUCAACUGCUAUUGUAGUUGACAAAAGUUCCAUUGAGGAAUCCUUACGCAUUGACUUUAACAUAAGUUUCCCAGUUUUAUCAUGUGAAUUUGCAUCCGUGGAUGUGAGCGAUGUUUUGGGAACAAACAGAUUAAAUAUAACAAAAACAAUUCGAAAAUAUUCAAUCAAUCAAAAUUAUCACCCUUCAGGCUUUGAGUAUGAUGCGGGGCCCAUUUCAUAUGCUCUUAAGCAUGAUCAUAAGGUUGAAGAGGGAUAUGGCGAUGGAUCUAUCCCAUUAACUUCACGUAAUUUUGAUAAAGUCACUCAUGAUCAUCCAAUUGUGGUUGUGAAUUUCUUUGCUCCUUGGUGCCAUUGGAGUAACCUUUUGAAACCCGCAUGGGAGAAAACAGCAAAAGUUAUGAGACAAAGAUAUCAUCCAGAAUUUGAUGGGCGUAUUAUUAUCGGAAGUGUUGAUUGCACUGCAGAAGCUGAUAUGUGUAAAAAGCAUCAUAUACAAGGGUAUCCAUCUAUUCGUAUAUAUCGUAAAGGCAGUGAUAUUAGAGAUGGAUCUCAUGGAGUACACAUUCAUGAAACAUAUUAUGGAGAUAGAGAUACAGAUACUUUGAUUCUUAAAUUCGACAACAUGGCUUCAGCUAUUAAAUUAAAUUCCGUAAAGCGUUCUUCAGCCGCAACUACAGAAUAUAUAAAAGUUCUACCCGCGCCACCUCAAGAAGGUUGUAGGAUUGAAGGUUUCGUACGUGUCAAAAAGGUUCCGGGAAAUCUUAUAAUCUCAGCAAGUUCAGCAGCCCAUUCAUUUGAUGCGUCACUAAUGAACAUGUCACAUAUGAUUUCAAAAUUUUCUUUUGGUUCGACAAUUACUCCUAUAAUGAUGAGUGAUAUGAAAAGAUUAGCACCUUAUCUUGAUGAAGUUCACAAUAGGUUGAAUGGCCACGCGUACGUCACCAAGCUAGAAGAUAGUGCAAAUGUUACGAUAGAGCAUUAUCUUCAAGUGGUGAAAACGGAGGUGAUGGGAUUAUCACAUCAAUUAAUUGAGAAUUACGAGUACACUGCACAUACAAGUUUGAUACACGCUCCUUCAAUCCCUGCAGCAAAGUUCCAUCUCCAGUUUUCACCAAUGCAGGUUUUGAUAACCGAAAACUCCAAGUCAUUCUCUCAUUUCAUCACCAACUUGUGUGCCAUUAUCGGUGGUGUCUUCACGGUUGCUGGAAUAUUGGAUUCGAUUCUGUACAACACAUCCAAAUUAGAUACCUUCCAUUCUUAUCUCCUACUUUCUCUCCUCUCUUUCUGCAUUCUGUCAAUGACUGUUCAUCCUCUCCACCACAACAACUCUAAUUUCGCCUCUCCUCUCACCAUGACAGGCGAGUCUUCCACCCGUAAUCCUCACAAUGUCUUCUAUGCUUCCAACAUAAAAUCUCACAUUCCUCUUGUUCUUGAUCUUGAAAGAUCAAACUAUGACACUUGGAGAAAUCUGUUCAGAAAUCACUGCGGGGCCUAUGAUGCUAUUGAGAACAUAGAUGAAACAUAUGAUGCUCCCAACAAACCCCCAACAUAA